GAAUACAAUACAAAAUAUCAAAAUCUAUUUUUAUAAAUUUUAGGAAAUGAAAUGAAAGGCACCAAAAGCCUUUACAGAAAUUCUUGUGUAAAGUCGUUUGGCAAUUUUCUAAAUACAGGUUUAAUUUAAAGAGCCAUCGUACGAGAACGAUCGUAUAUAGAUCGAAAAUGAAGAAGUGAUUAGAAUCGAAUCUACAAAAACCUGUAAAACGAGACUAGAACAAGGAAUGGUUUUAAAUUAUGGAUACGCUAAGGAGAUCAUGGAAACUUCAAGAGUUUGUCGCCCACAAAGCGAAUGUCAACUGUUUGGCCAUGGGGCAUAAAUCUAAUCAAGUAUUGGCUACUGGAGGCGAUGAUAAAAAAGUGAAUUUAUGGGCAAUUGGUAGACAGGGAUGCUUGAUGAGCUUGAGUGGACAUACUACCCCAGUAGAAUGUGUGUGUUUUGGUCAUUCAGAAGACUUGGUUUGUGCUGGUUCCCAAACUGGUGCACUUAAAAUUUGGGACUUAGAGGCUGCAAAACUGCUGAGAACUUUUACUGGUCACAAAGGAGCUAUAAAAUGUAUGGACUUUCACCCUUAUGGUGACUAUUUGACCACUGGAUCAUGUGAUAGUCAUAUAAAGUUGUGGGAUACCAGAAAAAGGGGUUGUAUUGUAACUUAUUCAAGUCACCGCCUAGCUGUGAAUAGUCUUCAGUUUAGCCCUGAUGGUCAAUGGAUAGCAUCUGCUUGUGAAGAUGGGUUAGUUAAAGUUUGGGAUGUUAGAAUUGGUAAAGUAUUGCAAGAAUUCAUGGAACAUACAUCGGCUGUCACCUGCGUUAAGUUCCAUCCACAUGAGUUUUUACUUGCUAGCUGCGGCUCAGAUAGAACUGUUAACUUUUGGGAUAUGGAAAAAUUUCAGUUGGUGUCUAAGUUUGAUAAAGAUAACACAUCAAUAAGACAUAUGGCCUUCAGUGAUGACGGUACCACACUGUUGGGUUGUGGUAAUGAUGGCCUACAUGUAAUUGGAUGGGAGCCUGCCAGAGUCCUAGAUACUGUAACAGGACACUGGGGACAAAUACAUGAUAUGACAGUUGCACAAACUCAGCUGAUAGCUGGAUCUUUCCAUUCAACAUAUGUAGUGCUAUCAGUAGUAGACUUGAGCAAGGUUCAUCCAUUUGGAGGCCCGCCUCCGACUGCUCCAACUGUGGUAAGGGACCUCUCACCCUUCCAAAAAGGUCACACCGUGCGGAAGAGCUUCUCAAAGGAAAAACCAGCUAAGGAGGUAUUACAUAGACCUACGCUCCUUGAUGAAAAGACAGCAGAGGAGUCGACGUCCGGGACGGAAGCAGACGAGGAGUCAGGUGCCGUUAUAUCCAAUAUUAAUGACUACACUGAGAUAUUCCGACCCUCUAGAGCGCUGACAAGAACACCGCCGCCUGCUACAAGCCUGUCGUCUGAAGAUUUCUCUGUGACAGGGAACGAAUGUAAACUCGAGAGUGCAGUUAGUACGUCUUUACGUGACCUUUUGCUAGAGGAGCCCCCUCGCCCUUCGCCCCAGCCUUCACCCCCUCAGAGGCAAAGGCCCGAACACUCACGUAUACCCACCGCUAGCCAUUACCCCGUGUUGGAAAAGAGAAAUGAGUUUCCCAGAAUACUUGACAGCAAUAAAGAUGACAGCUUAUUAACAAACGUGCAAACAUCAACCAUAAACAAUUUCACUGUGAGCGUUCAAGCGCCAUCGCUUAACAGGCAUAACUCUUACAAGGAAACGAAAUCAACCACCGAAAUAACGGGAAACAAUCUACGGCAAAGUAACAGCGAAGUCUCCUUAGGCCCAACAUCUUUAGGGCCUAGAUCUCUGUCUUUUACAAGAGCAUCUAGUCAGAACUCCAGAACAAGGUUUGAUACGGCAACUCGGGAGCGAGUUAUAACCAGGACAGUGGAAACUGCACCAGUAAGAGAACCAGAGCUAGAGUUUGUUCCCCUUUCUAUUGAUAAACCUGUGGGAUUGGAUUUGGAUGAUUUUGUACCGCGUGGUCUAACUGCAUGUGGAGCUCGACGCGGAGGUCGCGGGGGCGGGGCAGAGCCUAGCGAACAGGAAGUACUGGGGGUGAUGAUGAGGGGACAUGACUCCAUGAUGGCUGUUCUCUCUGCUAGACAACGGGCGUUGCAGAUUUUCCACUCGGUGAGAGUAAACAAGAGCCUUAAGUCGGCCCUUGAAUCGGUUAUUGCCUUAGAAGACGCCUCUGUGAUAUUGGAUAUUUUAAACGUAAUGGCACACAGACCAACCCUGUGGAACUUGGACAUAUGUUUGUUAAUGCUGCCCAAGAUAUUCGAAUUGUUACAAAGCAAAUAUGAAUCAUACAUGCAAUGUGGAUGUAAUGCUCUAAGACUUAUCGUACGUAACUUCUCAUCAGUUGUACGUGCGAAUGUUAGCGCGCCCGUGCGAACACUUGGUGUUGACAUUCCGAGAGAGGAGCGAUAUGCUAAAUGUGCUCAAAUACACCAGCUUUUAAUAGACAUUCGUGCCUUUUUACUCAAAAGACAAACACUCCAGGGCCGGUUAGGUGCUGCUUUCCGAGAUCUUCAUACUUUAAUGCAACAAGGACUUGAUUAAAAUAAAUUAACGAAUCGCGACCAUGUACUUAUUUAUAAAUCUCAUUUGAAAUUAGGGUUUUAUUGAAGGUAAAAACAUUUAGUACUUAAGACAUAACAAUAAAUUAGAAAAAUUAAAAACAAUUAUAUAA